GGACUAGACUGGACUGGACUUGAUUUGACUGGACUGAACUGGACUGGACUCACUAAAUUUGGGGAUCUCAGCCAGGGUGGAAAAGAAGUGAGGAAGAGAGUGAAGGAGGGAGCUGCUCUCCGUCGCUGUUGCAGAGUUUUCGAAGGAAAACGGUUUCAGACUGAAAAGAGGGCAGUUCUAGAGAAAUGUCAUCUGUGCUGUUCAACCCUGGAUCAGACUCCAAAAUUAGUGAUGUCAGUACCAAUGGUAAGGAAGAGGCAAGUGUUCAUAUUGAUGAUGGAAAGGAGGAAACCAGUGAUCCUGACACAAUGUACCAUCGGUUUCGCAAGAUGAUUGCUCCAUUUGUGAUGUCAUUUGGCUUCCGGGUAUUUGGUGUGGUGCUCAUCCUCGUGGACAUAUCACUGGUGAUCACUGACCUGGCCCUCACACAGCGCAGCCACUUGGUGGGUGAAGCCCUGGAGGCUACAUCACUGGCCAUUUCGCUUUUCUUUCUUGUGGACGUUCUCCUCAGGGUUUAUGUGGAAGGUUUUAAAGUCUACUUCAGCUCCAAGUUGAACAUCUGCGAUGCCUGCAUCGUUGUACUUACCCUCAUUGUUACCAUGAUCUACGCUUUCAGCGACCUGUCUGGGGCCCACCUGAUUCCUAGAGUGGUGUCCUUCCUGCGGGCACUGAGGAUCAUCAUCCUGGUGCGUAUCUUUCGACUGGCAUCCCAGAAAAAGGAGCUGGAGAAGGUCACCAGGAGGAUGGUUUCAGAAAAUAAACGAAGGUACCAAAAGGAUGGGUUUGAUUUGGAUCUGACAUAUGUCACAGACCGCAUAAUUGCCAUGUCAUUCCCGUCAUCUGGAAAACAAUCUUUGUACAGGAACCCCAUCAAAGAGGUGGCAAGGUUCCUGGACACUAAACACAAGGAUCACUAUAAAGUGUACAACCUCUGCAGUGAAAAGAGCUAUGACCCCCAGUUCUUCCAUUAUCGUGUGGAGCGGAUUUUUAUUGAUGACCACAAUGUACCCUCUCUGGAAGACAUGCUGAUGUACACGGCUAGUGUGAGAGAGUGGAUGUCUGCUGAUCCUAGCAACAUCAUUGCCAUUCACUGCAAAGGAGGCAAGGGACGUACUGGGACUAUGGUGUGCACCUGGCUAAUUGACAGUGACCAGUUUGAGAGUGCACAGGAUAGUUUAGAUUACUUUGGGGAGAGAAGGACGGACAAAAGCAAGAGCUGUAAGUUCCAGGGAGUAGAGACGCCUUCACAGAGCAGAUAUGUGGGAUAUUAUGAGAUCAUGAAGAAUAAGUACAAUAGACAGUUACCUCCUGAGAAGUGCUUGAAAAUGAGGAGCAUUCGAAUCCACUCCAUAGCUGGUGUUGGAAGAGGCAAUGGCAGUGAUUUGACAGUGAAGAUUAUAGUGAGGAAGAAAACUGUUUUUCAGUGUGUGUGUGACAAACAAGAAAAUUGUGUGCUCUUCCCAGACACUGGCAAUAAUGCAGUAGUCAUCAGUUUACAGGAAGGCCCCACUGUCAGUGGAGAUGUCAAAGUCAUGUUUGAGUCUAGUGCAGGAAUUCCAAAAGGAUAUGAAGAUUGUCCUUUCUAUUUUUGGUUUAACACUUCAUUUGUGGAAAACAACAGGUUGUUCUUGUCCAGGGAAGAGCUGGACAAUCCACACAAACCCAAGACCUGGGAUAUUUACAAGGAGGACUUUGGUAUCACUCUGUCUUUCAGUGAUGUGUAACUUCAGAUAGCUCUGGAAGUUCUACAUCAAUGAUUCUGAUUUUGAGCAAUCUUUGCUUCCCUUAAUAUCACUUUCUUUUAUUGAGCCAUUGACCUUGAAUCUGAGUAGAAGUGUUGGCAUGUUCUGGUAAUUCUGUGAAAAGUAAAGCCCUUCUGAAGACUUUUCCCCCCUGCAAAAGUACUGUGAGUAAAAUUGUAGUUAGAUGAAUAGUAUUUUUAGAGGUCACUUGAGGUACAUUACUGAUGUGCUUUGUAAAUUAAAGUGUCAUUGCAUCUU